AUGGGUGAUGCUCUGAUGGCGGAGUUCGGGAAGGCUGCUCCUUACCUCAGGAAGUCGGAUAAGGAGCGUCUUGAGGCCCAGACUAGAGCUUUUGACAUCAAGACCGAAUGCUUUGUAGUCGACGAUAAAGUGGAAUAUAUGAAGGGACAAAUCCAAAGCAAAGACGGAGGGAAGGUGACUGUGAAGAAGGAGGAUGGAACAACGGUUACUGUGAAGGAGUUGGACAUCCACCCCCAGAAUCCACCAAAAUUCGAUAAAAUUGAAGACAUGGCGAUGUUCACCUUCCUCCACGAGCCGGCCGUGCUGUUUAACCUCAAAGAGCGUUACGCUGCCUGGAUGAUCUACACCUACUCUGGGCUCUUCUGUGUGACUGUCAACCCCUACAAGGGGCUGCCAGUCUAUGAUUCUGAGGUGGUAGCAGCUUACAGAGGGAAGAAGAGAACUGAAGCUCCUCCUCAUAUCUUCUCUAUCUCUGACAAUGCCUACCAGUACAUGCUGACUGACAGAGAGAACCAGUCUGUCCUCAUCACCGGAGAAUCUGGAGCUGGAAAGACUGUGAACACCAAGAGAGUCAUCCAGUACUUUGCCAGCAUCGCUGCAGUCGCUGGUGUCAAAAAAGACACCAGCAAGGGCACCCUGGAGGAUCAAAUCAUCCAGGCUAAUCCUGCGUUGGAGGCCUUCGGCAACGCCAAAACGUUGAGAAACGACAACUCGUCUCGUUUUGGAAAAUUCAUCCGAAUUCACUUCGGUACGAGUGGCAAGCUGUCGUCUGCUGACAUAGAGACGUACCUGCUGGAGAAGUCACGUGUCACCUUUCAGCUCAAGGCUGAGAGGAACUACCACAUCUUCUACCAGAUGAUGACCAACCACAAACCUGAGCUGCUGGACAUGCUGCUUAUCACCAACAACCCGUACGACUACUCCUACAUCUCCCAAGGAGAGGUAACGGUUGCCUCCAUCAACGACUCAGAGGAGUUGAUGGCCACUGACAGUGCCUUCGAUGUGCUCGGCUUCACUCCAGAUGAGAAGAUGGGUGUCUAUAAACUGACGGGCGCCAUAAUGCACUACGGCAAUAUGAAGUUCAAACAGAAGCAGCGUGAGGAGCAGGCAGAGCCCGAUGGGACAGAGGCUGCGGAUAAAACGGCCUACCUAAUGGGCUUGAACUCUGCUGACCUCAUCAAAGGGUUGUGUCAUCCCAGAGUCAAGGUAGGAAAUGAAUAUGUCACCAAAGGCCAAAGUGUGGACCAAGUCUACUACGCCCUUGGUGCUCUGGCGAAGUCAGUGUAUGAAAAGAUGUUCAAUUGGAUGGUGGUGAGAAUCAACCAAUCCCUGGACACAAAACAGCAUCGUCAGUACUUCAUAGGAGUGCUGGACAUAGCUGGAUUUGAGAUCUUUGAUUUCAACACUUUUGAGCAGCUUUGCAUUAACUACACCAAUGAGAAACUGCAGCAGUUUUUCAACCAUCACAUGUUCGUCCUGGAGCAAGAAGAGUACAAAAAAGAAGGUAUUGACUGGGAGUUCAUUGACUUUGGGAUGGACUUACAAGCUUGUAUUGACCUCAUUGAGAAGCCGCUGGGGAUCCUGUCGAUUCUGGAAGAGGAAUGCAUGUUUCCAAAAGCAAGUGAUCAAACCUUCAAGUCCAAGCUCUAUGAUAAUCAUCUGGGCAAGAACAAAAUGUUUGAGAAGCCGAGGGCUGCAAAGGGGAAAGCAGAAGCUCAUUUUGCCCUGGUUCACUAUGCUGGCACAGUAGAUUACAACAUCGGCAACUGGUUGGUCAAAAACAAAGACCCCCUGAAUGAAACUGUGGUCGGUCUUUACCAAAAAUCAUCUGUUAAGCUGCUCAGUGUUCUGUUUUCAAGCUAUUCAGCAGCUGACAGUGGUGACAAAGGAGGUAAAGGAGCCAAGAAGAAAGGUUCCUCAUUCCAGACUGUGUCUGCACUUCACAGGGAAAACCUGAACAAGCUGAUGAACAACCUGAAGACCACACACCCCCACUUUGUCCGCUGUCUGAUUCCCAAUGAGAGGAAAACUCCAGGGGUCAUGGACAACUGCCUUGUGAUGCACCAGCUGCGCUGUAAUGGUGUCCUGGAAGGCAUCAGAAUCUGCAGGAAGGGUUUCCCAAACAGGGUGCUCUAUGGAGACUUCAAACAACGGUACAGGAUUCUGAAUGCCUCUGCUAUCCCUGAAGGCCAGUUUAUUGACAGCAAGAAAAGUGCUGAAAAGUUGCUGGGAUCAAUAGACAUCGACCACAGUCAGUACAAGUUUGGCCAUACCAAAGUCUUCUUUAAAGCUGGCCUGCUGGGGACACUGGAGGAGAUGCGAGAUGAGCAACUCUCUCGAAUCAUCACCCGGAUCCAGGCUAAUGCCCGGGCAAUCAUCAUGAGGGAACAGUUUGCUAAGCUUGUUGAACGCAGAGAUGCCCUGAUGGUCAUCCAGUGGAACCUUCGCUCUUUUCUGGGUGUAAAGAAUUGGCCCUGGAUGAAGCUCUUCUUCAAGAUCAAACCCCUGCUGAAGAGCGCUGAGACUGAGAAGGAGAUGGCCAACAUAAAGGAUGAGUUCAACAAGUUGAAAGAAGCUCUGGAGAAAUCAGAAACAAGACGGAAGGAACUAGAGGAGAAAAUAGUGACUAUUCUCCAAGAGAAGAACGAUCUGACUCUGCAGAUUCAGUCUGAGCAGGAUACACUAACGGACGCUGAAGAGCGCUGUGAACAGCUUAUAAAGAGCAAGAUUCAACAGGAGGCCAAGCUGAAAGAGAUCACAGAAAGACUGGAAGACGAAGAGGAGCUGAAUGCAGAUCUCACAGCUAAGAAACGGAAGCUUGAAGAUGAAUGCUCUGAGCUGAAGAAAGAUAUUGAUGACCUGGAGCUUACCUUGGCUAAAGUGGAAAAAGAGAAACAUGCCACAGAGAACAAGGUGAAAAACCUGACAGAGGAGAUGGCAUCUCAAGAUGAAAACAUCAUGAAGCUAACCAAAGAGAAGAAGGCACUACAGGAGGCUCACCAGCAGACACUGGAUGAUCUUCAGAGUGAAGAAGAUAAAGCCAACAGCUUGACCAAAGCCAAAGCGAAGCUGGAGCAACAGGUGGAUGAUUUGGAGGGCUCAUUGGAGCAAGAGAAAAAAGUCAGGAUGGAUCUUGAGCGCUCAAAGAGGAAGCUCGAAGGAGACCUGAAACUGAACCAGGAGAGUUUGAUGGAUUUAGAAAAUGAUAAGCAGCAGUUGGAGGAAAAGCUAAAGAAAAAAGACUUUGAGGUUGUCCAAAUAAAUUCAAGACUAGAAGACGAACAGGUAGCUUCAGUUCAGCUCCAGAAGAAACUGAAAGAAAACCAGGCGAGAAUUGAGGAGCUAGAAGAGGAGCUGGAUGCUGAGCGUGCAGCCCGGGCCAAAGUUGAAAAACAGCGCUCUGAUCUUUCUCGAGAGCUGGAGGACAUCAGUGAGCGCCUGGAGGAGGCAGGUGGAGCAACAUCAGCACAGGUGGAAAUGAAUAAAAAGAGAGAUGCUGAAUUUCAGAAGCUGCGUAGGGAACUGGAGGAAUCUACCCUCCAACAUGAGGCCACCGCUGCCUCUCUGAGGAAGAAACAUGCAGACAGCGUUGCCGAACUAGGCGAACAGAUUGAUAACCUCCAGCGUGUCAAGCAGAAGCUGGAGAAGGAAAAGAGUGAACUGAAGCUAGAGGUGGAUGACUUGUGUUCUAACAUGGAGAGUGUGGUGAAGGCCAAGUCAAACAUGGAAAAGAUGUGUCGUACAAUGGAAGACAACAUGAAUGAGUACAAGAGUAAAUAUGAGGAAGCUCAACGGACCAUCAAUGACUUGACUACCCAGCGAGCCAAGCUGCUCACUGAGAAUGGUGAGUUUGGACGGCAGCUGGAGGAGAAGGAGUGUCUGAUAUCACAGCUGACCAGAGGGAAGAACUCGUACAACCAGCAGGUAGAAGAUCUACGCAGACAGCUGGAAGAGGAAGUCAAGGCAAAGAAUGCCCUCGCCCAUGCCGUACAGUCUGCUCGUCACGACUGUGAUCUGCUCCGAGAGCAGUUUGAAGAGGAGCAGGAGGCCAAGGCUGAGCUGCAGAGAGCUUUGUCCAAAUCCAACACAGAGGUCUCAGCAUGGAGGGCAAAAUAUGAAACUGAUGGGAUCCAAAGAACAGAGGAACUGGAAGAAGCUAAGAAGAAGCUGGUUCAGAGACUGCAGGAGGCAGAGGAGGCCAUCGAGGCUGUGAAUGCAAAGUGUUCCUCCCUUGAGAAGACCAAGCACCGCCUCCAAAAUGAGAUCGAAGACCUGAUGCUGGACCUCGAGAGAUCCAAUGCUGCAUCUGCAGCCCUGGACAAAAAGCAAAGAGCCUUUGACAAAGUCAUGGCAGAGUGGAAGCAAAAGUUUGAGGAGUCACAGUGUGAGCUGGAGAGCUCUCAAAAGGAAGCCAGGUCUCUGAGCACUGAACUCUUCAAACUGAAGAACGCUUAUGAGGAGGCCCUGGAUCAACUUGAAACAAUGAAGAGAGAGAACAAAAACCUCCAAGAGGAGAUCUCCGACCUCACUGACCAGCUUGGAGAGGGCGGCAGGAGUGCUCAUGAACUUGAGAAGAUUCGGAAGCAGCUCGAGCAAGAAAAGGCAGAGCUUCAGUCGGCACUGGAGGAGGCAGAAGGUUCUCUGGAGCAUGAGGAAAGCAAGAUACUGCGAGCCCAGCUGGAGUUCAACCAAAUGAAGGCCGACAUGGAGCGCAAGGUGGCUGAGAAAGAUGAGGAAAUGGAGCAGGCAAAGAGGAACUACCAACGGAUGCUUGAGUCGCUUCAAUCCUCUCUGGAAUCUGAAACCAGGAGCCGCAAUGAGGCCCUAAGAGUCAAGAAGAAGAUGGAAGGUGACCUCAAUGAGAUGGAGAUCCAGCUCAGCCAAGCUAACAGGCAGGCAGCUGAUGCCCAGAAACAGCUCAAGACCCUCCAGGCAUUCCUGAAGGACACUCAACUGCAGCUGGAUGAUGCCCAGCAUGGUAACGAUGACCUGAGAGAGAACAUUGCUCUCCUGGAACGCCGACACAACCUGAUCCAGGCCGAGCUGGAGGAAGUGAGGGCCGCCCUUGAGCAGACAGAAAGAAGUCGGAAACUGGCCGAACAGGAGCUGACUGACGCUACAGAGCGCAUGCAACUGCUGCACUCCCAGAACACCAGCCUGAUCAACCAGAAAAAGAAGCAUGAAGCGGACCUCCUGCACCUGCAGAAUGAGAUGGAGGAGGCCAUACAGGAGAACCGCAAUGCUGAGGAGAAGGCAAAGAAGGCCAUUACAGAUGCAGCCAUGAUGGCUGAGGAGCUGAAGAAGGAGCAGGAUACUAGCUCUCACCUGGAGAGGAUGAAGAAGAACAUGGAACAAACCAUUAAAGACCUGCAGCACCGUCUGGAUGAAGCUGAGCAAAUAGCCAUGAAAGGUGGCAAGAAUGAUAUGGCGUUUGUUUUCACUCUGGUCCAAACGCCGCGCCACUGGCAGGGCUUCAUGUUUCCAUCACUCCCGAUUGUUAAAAUGAGUCUCAAAGUAACGAUAAACUUUAACAACAGAGACACACGUACGCACUACACAGUACAGCUGAGUUGUCCUCCAGUUGAUAUGAUGUCCGGUUGGUCUCUGGUUGUGUUGGUGGUCUGUGGUGUGAUCAGUGCUCAGAUUCCCACUGGGGAUGCACAAGAUGGAGUCCUGGAGCAGCUGUUGGUCAGAGUGCAGAAGCUGGAGAAAGAGCUUGAAGACAGAGAUAAAUUUAAGGUGGCAUUCUCAGCCGCCCUCGUCGAGCAUGGAGCCGAGGUUACUUUGGGGCCUUUCAACACCAACACCACGGUGAUAUUCAAGAAGCUGAGGACCAACAUCGGCAACGCAUACAACCCAUUAACAGGCAUCUUCACAGCCCCUGUGAAGGGACUCUACUAUGCCCGGAUUACAGGCUGCGCCGGAGAGUCGGGGUUUAUGAACAUAGCGGUGAUGAAGAACGGGGUCAACAUGUUCGCCGUCAAAGACAACAAGGGCUUGCAUAGCAGUGCCUCCAAUGGCAUGACGCUGGCCCUGGAGCAGGGGGACCAGCUCUCGGUCACCCUUUGGAACGGGAACAUGAUCUUUGAUCACGGGCGGCUCAGCACCUUCAGCUGCUUCCUUGUCUUCCCCCUGUAG